AUGAUUGAUUGCAACAAUCCAACAACGAAUGCGGAUUCACGUUAUUGCAACAAUCCAGGUUAUUACAAUCCAAAUGGAUAUAAUAUAUCAGGAAUUUAUGAAUCAUUUGAUUAUCAACCAUUGAAAUAUCCAAAAUUUAUUUGUCCUCGAGGCAAAGCAGCGAUCCAAGGAUUAACAUAUUAUAUUGAUGAUAUAUGUGCAAGUUAUCAAUGCAACGAAUACACAAGUUUCUAUCUCGAUGUUAUUACAGAUACGACAACAAAUUCAACAAAACAAUUAACAUGUUCAUCAAAAGGACAAACAUUCACAUUCAAGAGAAAUUAUUCAGAAAACAUAUAUUUAAUGAGGACAGUUACAUGUCCAUCACCAGAACAAUUCUGCAGAACUAGAGAACUACUAGAUCAACAUUUUAUGAGUGAUCCAUUUUCAGGUGUAAUCUUUCCAACACCGAGACCAACACCAGAACAAACACCAAGACCAACUCCAAAACCAACACCUCAACCAACACCAAUUUUUGAUUCAAUUCCUGAAUUCCAACCAAUACGAAUUGUGAACGACAAUCGAUUCUUUAAUGGUACAUAUCCAGAUCCACAAUCAUGUACAUCCGUUGGACAAGUUGUUACAUGGCAUAACAACAAUCUAACAUGCACAGAAGAGGAUAUAAUGAAACCAGAACAAAUUUCUGCAUAUCAAGAAACAAUCGCUAAUGUCAAAGCAUAUUUAUAA